AUGCCAUUGUAUGCUCUUGUACACUCAGGCAAAAUGAGUAGCAUACAAAAUAACAGACCAACAAGGCGUUUUCGGGAAGCCUUGAGGCAAGGGAAAUGCCUCAUCGGACCCGGGGUCUUCGAUGGGAUCUCAACACGCGUUGCAAGCCAGGUCGGGUUUGACUUUUUGUACCUGGCCGGCAGCGGAGCCACAGGCUCGUACUGCGGCGAACCCGACCUCUCUGUCAUGACCCAGACCGAGUUCUUUCAACUGGGGCGCAUGGUCGCGCUGCACACAGAGCUACCUAUCAUUGCCGAUGCGGAUACCGGUUUCGGCGGACCGCUCAACAUCUCUCGCACUGUGCGACUGUAUGAGCACGCGGGAAUCGCGGGACUGCACAUUGAAGACCAGGUCUUCCCCAAGCGGUGUGGCCAGCUCCAAGGUAAAGACGUCGUGGACCUGGAAGUCUUCAUUGAGCGCGUCCGCAGCGCCGUCGAGGCACGCCAGGAUCCGGACUUUGUCAUCAUCGCGCGGACGGAUGCGCGGCAAGCCAAGAAGUUUGGCGGUCCAAACGCUGGAUCGGAGGCCUUCCAUGAAGGGAUCAAGCGGCUCAAGGCUGCUGUAGCUGCGGGGGCCGAUAUGGUCUUCAUGGAAUCCCCGCGCACCGAGGACGAGUGUCGGACCCUGGUCAAGGAGAUGGGAGAUGUGCCCGUUCUGAUCAAUGUUCUUCCCAAUGGUCUCACUCCCAACUUGAAGAUAGCAGAGUGCAAUCGGCUGGGCUUUCGGGCUGCGAUCUACCCGUGUACCGGGUUCAUUCCUGCGAUGCUGGCCAUGCAACGGUCGUAUGGUGCUCUAAAAGCCACGGGAACGGAUCUUGAAGCGUGCGAGGGACAGACGAUCAAAGAUUUCUUCGACCAGGUUGGGUUGGGGGAGGCCUGGGAGUUUGAUGCUAGAAUUAGCGAGUUUAGCAAGAAGCAAACUGAGGGAAAAGGAGCUCAGGAGGAGAGUUGA